UUUACCCAGCCAAGGGUGAGGGCUGUGUGCCUGUUUCUUGACCCUGCUGAUGGAUGCUCUUGCCAGCAGCCCCCUUGGAUGGUUCUGUGUGGGCGUCACAGCUCUUUUUGGGGUGACCAUGCUCCACGUGGCCAAGAGGAAGCCGGUGGAGAAAGCAAAUGUGCUGGUUUGGAGCCUUCUGCCUGCCUUGCUGGGGCUGCUGUGUGUGGCUCUGCUGGGUGCUGGUGAAGGGCUGUUGGUGUUUUGUGCUGUGAGCAUCUUCUCCUCUGUGUACCUGGGUGGCAGUGUGCUGCUGCCUGUGGGUGACAAAGCUGUGCUUAUCACAGGAAGCGACACUGGGAUUGGACAUGCACUGGCUAAAUACCUGGAUAACUUAGGUUUUGUUGUGUUUGCUGGGGUUCUGUAUGAGGACGGACGUGGAGCUGAAGAACUGAGACGGACCUGUUCUCAGAGACUCUCUCUCCUGCAGCUGGAUAUAACCAAUGCCACCCAAGUCAAGGAAGCCUAUCUAAAAGUCUCAGAGAAGGUGCAAAAUACAGGACUCUGGGGAGUCGUGAACAAUGCAGGCAUCCUGGAUUUCCCUGCCGAUGGCGAGCUGCUCCCCAUGAGCACAUACAGGCGAUGCAUGGAGGUGAAUUUCUUUGGGGCUGUAGAGGUGUCCAAGACUUUCUUACCAUUACUUCGGAAGUCACAGGGGAGGCUGGUUAACAUGUCCAGCAUGGCAGGAGGCAUUCCACUACCAAGGUAUGCUGCAUAUGGUGCAUCAAAAGCAGCUCUGUCUAUGUUUUCUGGAGUAAUGAGGCAAGAACUUUCCAAAUGGGGAAUUAAAGUUGCUGCAAUUCAUCCAUCAGGCUUCCAAACAGGUAUACAAGGCACAUCCGAACUGUGGGAUAAGCAAGAAAAGGAGCUGAUGGAGAAUCUCCCAGCAGACACAAGGCAAGACUAUGGUGAAGACUACCUCCUGGGGCUGAAGAACUACCUUCUGCACAUACCCACGUACUGUAAUGCUGACCUCUCCCCUGUGCUGAGUGCUAUUCUGCAUGCUUUGCUGGCCGAGAGACCACACGGCUUAUACACUCCUGGGAAAGGGGCUUAUAUGCUCCUCUGCAUCUUCUGCUACUUUCCCCUCUGGUUUUAUGACUUUGUCAUUAGUAAGAUGCUAAGAACAUCGGAAGCUGAAAGCAAGAAUCUCUAAGGUAUCCAUCAGCAUUUGUCUUACUUCAUGAGAUAACUGGGAAAACCUCUAUUUUAAGGCACUGCUAUUUAUUGUACUGUCUUUGUUAAAUUGCAUUUACACCGCCUUGCAAAUGGAGGUAAAUCUUUGUGUUAAGAGUAAUGUUCAGGAAAAAUAGUGGAUAAACAGAAAGAAAAAGCUAUCCCCAGAUGAGGCCCUUUUUUUUUUUUUUUAAUAGGAAUUCCUGUUUUCCUGAUGUCUUUGUAUCCUGCCUUCUGUGUAAGGUAUCUGACAAGGUUAUAUAGCUCCUGUCUGCUUCAAAAGGUACAACCAGCACAUAGAGAGAUGACUAACCAAUAUUUUAAAAUGGAACAAAAAAAUCCUUGAGCAUCCACAACCUUCUCGAGCAUUCAAGGAAGCUGCAUAUAUUCCUGUCACUGGAAAGAUUUAGAGAUGUCUAAUCCAAAUCCUUCUCGUUGCAGCUUUAGCCCAAUACAGAUUUAUUUUGAUUUUCAUUGCUGUUGGACCUGAGAAGUGAUUGACCUCCACCCCUUCCCCCCCCCCAGUUUUGUGAAGUAUAGUUAAGAUAUCUAUAUUUUGUCCUUUUUGCUAGACUAAGCAACAUGAAUUAAUUGGGGGGAACUAAGAACAAAGAUGGAUCAAGACCUUUUGUGAAGAAGCAAACAGUCUUCUUCCUUUAAUAUUAUUAAAAGUAAUAGUGAAUAUAUAAGCUGCCAAUUUAAUAUGACCAUGUUGGAAAUUCUGUGCAUUGCCUGUAUGUGCUUGUGCUUCUUUAAUCUUUAGUAAAUUCUGAUCUUGCUUCUGCUUUUUUUUGUACAUUUUUUUCUUAUUCAGUUCUUCAAUUUAUGAAGAACUGGUGAUUUCUGCCUUUCUCCUGAUACCUUCCUGUUUCUCCCUCUGGUUUAGGAGAGUUUGUGCCCACUCGUCUAACAUCAGACAGACUUCAAAUUGGCUUUACUGGAGUCCCGUGUCUUCCUUCUGUUAGAUUUUGAUCACUCCUUUUCCCUGAAUUCAUUCUAGGACAUCAGAUACCUUCCCUGCUCCUCGUUGUCUGUGCCCUUUACCAUAAAAACAUCUCCUAUGCUCAGAGGGUGGGCACUCUGCCUGUAUUUCCUUACCCCACUCCCUUUUUUGCAUUGCCUGUCACACACUUGGGAUUUGAAAGGCUGUGAAAUUUUGAAAGCAAGCCUCAUCCCCCUGAGUUCCCUGGUUUGACCAUCUGUCCUGAGCAUUGCUUUGAUAAGAUGCAUUUCUUUUCACAUGACAGAAAAUUGAAAGUCAUCACUUUCUGGGCUUUAAACGUAGACGUACUUUCCUCCGGUUCCUUUCUGAACAAAUUCUAGGCUUCUGUCAUAAUCCUACUUGGUUGAUGUACUCUUGCAGUCGGCUGAACAAAAUCACAAUUGAAUUAACAUCUGUAAUAUUUCUUCCAUCUCCUCCUGCAUCAGUUCAAGAUUCCUGUAAAUGCGCAGAGGAUGGUCAGCAGGUUUGGGCCACUACUUUAAUUUUUGUCUCAGUGUGGAAAUCCUCCUGUCCUGUACAUACUGGCAGGAUUACUGCUUUUCCUGCCAAGCCUUAUCUCCUUUUGUGGUUUUACAUCAGUACCGCUGUUACAGACUAUUACUUUUCUUUGAAAAGUGUGACCAAAAAUGCACUCAGAAAAUCUGGGACUAUAUUGAUCAUCCUGUCUUUUUCCUUUACCUAUUCUCAAUUUUGUA